AUGAGAGAUCAUGGCCGCUUCGGGCUCCUGAGCUAUGAGCAUAGACCUCUCAAACGGUCCCGUUUGGGGCCGCCCGACGUCUAUCCUCAAGACCCCAAGCAGAAGGAGGAUGAGCUAAAUGCUGUGAACGUAAAACAAGGUUUCAGUAAUCAGCCAGCUUUCUCAGGAGAUGAACAUGGGUCUGCUAGAAAUAUUGUUAUUAACCCAUCAAAGAUUGGUGCUUAUUUUAGCAGCAUAUUGGCAGAAAAGUUAAAACUUAAUACAUUCCAGGAUACAGGAAAGAAGAAAUUGCAAAUAAACGCUAAAGACAAUUACUGGCUAGUUACUGCUCGUUCCCAGAGUGCAAUUCAUACUUGGUUUGCAGAUUUGGCAGGAAAUAAACCUCUGACUUUCCUAGCAAAAAAGGUCCCAAUUCUCAGCAAAAAGGAAGAUGUUUUUGCUUAUUUAGCAAGAUAUUCUGUGCCACUCUUGCGAGCAGCAUGGUUGAUAAAAAUGACUUGUGCCUACUACUCAGCCAUCUCUGAAGCUAAAAUUAAGAAACGCCAGGCAGCUGAUCCAAAUCUUGAAUGGACUCAAAUCUCUACCAGGUACCUAAGAGAACAAUUGGUAAAAAUUGCAGAAUUUUAUCACACGACCACAAGCCAAGGCAAAAAUUCCGUAGUUGUGCCUCGUGAAGUGGAACAAGCUUUGAAGCAGUGGGAAUAUAAUGAAAAGUUGGCAUUUUAUAUGUUCCAGGAAGGAAUGCUUGAAAGACAUGAAUAUUUAACGUGGAUCCUGGAUGUCUUGGAAAAAAUAAGACCAGCUGAUGAUGAACUUUUAAAACUCCUCCUCCCACUAAUGCUGCAGUAUUCUGAAGAGUUUGUUCAGUCAGCCUACCUGUCGCGUCGCCUUGCUUAUUUCUGUGCCAGACAUGUCUCUUUGUUGAUAAGUGACAAUACUAACCUCAUAGCUGCCCACUCACCUCAUAUUAUUAUUGGACCAAAUAAUCCUCCUCUGGCAGCUCCCAGCUCUUCUACAACUGGUACUGUAGUCAAUCCUGCUCAGCUUGCCUGUUCAGAAUUUCUUUCCUGCCCCCAACACCGCCCUCUUGUUUAUGGCCUAAGCUGUAUGCUGCAGACUAUAACUCUCUGUUGCCCAAGUGCCUUGGUCUGGAAUUAUUCUACAAAUGAAAGUAAAACCAUAAAUCCUGGCUCACCUUUGGAUUUACUUCAAGUUUCUCCAUCUAGCUUACCAAUGCCAGGAGGAAAUUCUGUAUUCAACCAGCAGGUUCGUGCAAAGAUUUUUGAAGUAGAACAACAGAUAAAACAAAGGGGCCGUGCUGUGGAAGUACGGUGGUCAUUUGACAAGUGCCAAGAAUCAACUGCAGGGGUUACUAUCAGCCGUGUUUUGCAUACUUUGGAGGUUUUGGAUAGACACUGUUUUGAUCGUUCAGAUUCUAGCAACUCAAUGGAAAGCCUUUAUAACAAGAUUUUCUGGGGAACCCAUAAUAAGGAUAACCAGGAGGUUGCACCUAAUGAUGAAGCUGUUGUAACAUUGCUUUGUGAAUGGGCUGUGAGUAGUAAAAGAUCUGGUAAGCACCGGGCAAUGGCUGUAGCUAAACUAUUGGAGAAGAGGCAAACUGAAAUUGAGGCAGAAAGAUGUGGUGAAAUUGAAAUCAUAGAUGAAAAGGAGUCCAUUUCUUCAGCAUCAUUUGCUGGAUCUAGUCUCCCUGUUUUCCAGAAUGUUCUCCUUAGGUUUUUAGAUACUCAAGCCCCCUCAUUACCUGAUCCAAACAGUGAAUAUGAAAAAACUGAAUUUGUGAACCUAGUGCUGCUUUUUGGUGAAUUUAUACGGCAUGAUGUUUUCUCACAUGAUGCUUACAUGUGCACUUUAAUAUCACGUGGAGAUUUAUCUGUCACUGCAACUUCUAGAGCACGUUCACCAGCUGGGGAAAACAUGGAUGAGCACUAUUCCAAGGAACAUGAUGUGAAACUUGAGGAACAUAGUCUUAUGGAACAAAUGUAUAUUGACUCAGGAACCACUAAUAUUUUUGAUGAUGUAGACAAGAAUGACUUUAAGACAGACUUUGGUUCGGAAUUUGCAAUCUUUUCUCCAAUGCCUGUGGAGUCUUGUGAAAAUCUGAAUUCAAUACCAGUACAAGACAGAAGAGCUUCAGUAAAUAAUGAAAAGUCUACAAAGAAAGAAAAAGUAAGGGAGCUGAUUUUUCCAUCAAAUUACCACCUUCUUCGACAUUUGCAGUAUGCUACACAUUUUCCUAUACCUUUGGAUGAAUCAUCAAGCCAUGAAUAUAACCAGCGCAUGAUACUUCUUUACGGAGUUGGAAAGGAACGUGAAGAGGCAAGGCACCAAUUGAAGAAGAUUACUCGAGAUAUUCUGAAAAUCCUAAAUAAGAAAAGCACUUCUGAAAUGAGUGGUGCUGAUGAAGGACCAAAAGUCAGGAAGAACAAGCAAGAGGCAUUUCCAACUUUAGAGACUGUAUUUACAAAACUUCAGCAGCUCUCAUACUUUGACCAGCAUCAAGUGACAAGUCAGAUCUCCAACAAUGUUCUGGAGCAGAUUACUAGUUUUGCAUCAGGAACAUCAUACCAUCUUCCACUAGCUCAUCACAUAGAAUUUAUCUUUGAUCUAAUGGAACCUGCUUUAAAUAUUAAUGGACUUAUUGACUUUGCUGUUCAGCUGCUGAAUGAGCUGAGUGUGGUGGAAGCUGAACUACUACUGAAGUCAUCCAGCCUGGCAGGAAAUUACACAACCGGACUAUGUGUUUGCAUUGUAGCUGUGCUAAGGCAUUAUCAUCCUUGCCUCAUUUUGAAUCCAGAUCAAACUGCUCAGGUUUUUGAAGGAUUAUGUGGUGUGGUCAAACAUGUUGUCAAUCCAUCAGAAUGCUCUUCCCCUGAAAGAUGUAUUUUAGCCUAUCUGUAUGAUCUCUAUGGGUCCUGUAGCCAUCUUAGAAGCAAAUUUGGAGAUCUUUUCAGGUUAGUAGUAACAACUUAUACUUUGCUUUAUAUUUCAACUAACCUUCAUGCAAUAAUCGUUCACCAGUCUGAUACCUUUCAGAAUUGGUUUGGUUGCUGGAACUGGAUUCAGAAAGAGGAAAUUCCUCAUAGAUAUUUGUCCAUACUUAAAUGGAGAGAAGCGUUGGAAUUUAUAAGUUACAACCCCAAGAUUCUGAGUGACAAUGCACCAAGUCGCUAUAGCUUUGUGUGUAAUGCACUAAUGAAUGUCUGCAUGGGCCAUCAAGAUGAAGACAGAAUUAAUGAUAUUGCCAACUUGUGUGCAGAGUUAACGGCUUGCUGUACAGUGCUAAGUUCAGAGUGGUUAGGAGUCUUGAAAGCCCUUUGCUGUUCUUCAAAUCACGUCUGGGGAUUUAAUGAUCUUCUCUGCAGUGUGGAUGUGAGUGAUCUGUCAUUCCAUGAUUCAUUGGCUACCUUUGUUGCAAUACUGAUAGCUCGUCAAUGUUUUUUCCUUGAGGAUGUAGUUCAACACGUAGCUCUUCCUUCUUUACUUACAGCAGCUUGUGGAGAUCCAGAUGCUGAGCCAGGGGCAAGAAUGACUUGCCGGCUUCUUCUACAUCUCUUCCAAACACCCAAGAUUUCCCUAUUGUCAAGUGAAAAAUGUUUCCCAGGAAUUCGAUCAUCUUGUGAUCGCCGCCUUUUAAGUGCUGCUCACAACAGCAUAGAAGUGGGAGCAGUAUUUGCUGUUUUGAAAGCAAUUCUUAUGCUUGGUGAUGCUGAAAUUGGAAGCAACAAUAUUCCCUCCUUGAAAAAUUCAGAUUACUCAGUACAAAGAUUACUGGGAGAUGAUUUACUACUACUCUAUACCCUUCGAUGGAUCGUCCAUUGUGACCAGAAGCAAAAGGAAAUAAUAACACAUGUAUCUGUAUUAAAACGUUUUCAUUGUAACAACGGUAUGAGUCAGUUCUUCAGUAUAAGUACUGAAGCUACAUUGCAAGAUGAAGUUAGACUCAUUUUUUGCCAUAAAGAAGAAUGGGUGGGGGAACACUGCUUGAAAGAACCUGAGAGGCUAUGUACUGACAAAGAUCUUAUCCUGGAUCCAGUUCUCUCCAACAAACAAGCACAGAAAUUGUUGCAGCUUAUCUGUUACCCUCACAGUAUUAAAGAAUGUGCGGAAGGAGACAAUCCUCAGAGACAACACAUCAAGCGCAUUCUUCAGAAUAUAGACCAGUGGACUCUUAGACAGUCAUGGCUGGAACUUCAACUAAUGAUCAAACAGUGUCUGAAGGAACCUGGUUCUGGGUCUGUGGCUGAAAUGAACAGCUUGUUGGAUAAUAUUGCAAAGGCGACAAUUGAAGUGUUUCAGCAAUCCGCUGAUCUAAACAAUAACUCUUCUAACUCUGGUAUAGGCCUCUUCAAUCCAAACUCUCUUGGAAAUGCUGACACACAUAUUACAAGGCAGAACUGUAAAAAGACAUUCCUAAGCUCUUCUGAAAGACAAGGUGUCUGGUUAGUGGCUCCCCUGAUUGCAAAGCUGCCAACAUCUGUUCAAGGUCGAGUCUUGAAAGCAGCUGGAGAAGAACUAGAGAAAGGCCAGCACUUGGGAUCAUGUUCUAAGAAGGAGAGAGACAGGCAAAAACAGAAGAGUAUGUCUCUUCUGAGUCAGCAACCAUUCCUGUCUUUGGUACUCACGUGUCUCAAGGGACAGGAUGAACAGCGUGAAGGGCUUCUAACAUCUCUACAAAAUCAAAUUAAUCAGAUAUUAAGCAACUGGAGGGAAGAACGAUACCAAGAUGAUGUUAAAGCAAGACAAAUGAUGCAUGAAGCAUUACAACUCCGUCUUAAUUUGGUGGGUGGAAUGUUUGAUACGGUGCAAAGAAGUCCUCAAUGGACCACAGACUGGGCACUUCUACUCCUUCAAAUAAUAACAUCAGGGACAGUUGACAUGCAAACCAAUAAUGAAUUAUUUACAACAGUGCUUGACAUGUUGAGUGUGUUGAUCAAUGGUACUUUAGCAUCUGACCUCUCAAUGGCAUCUCAAAUGGGAUCUGAAGAGAACAAGAGAGCAUACAUGAAUUUGGUGAAAAAACUCAAAAAAGAACUGGGCGAUAAAAGUUCAGAAAGUAUUGACAAAGUUCGUCAGCUCUUGCCAUUGCCCAAGCAGAUGUGUGACCUUAUUGCCUGUGAGCCUAUGGGAUCAUUGAUUGACACAAAGGGAAACAAAAUUGCUGGAUUUGACUCCAUAGAUAAGAAACAGGGGCUCCAAGUCUCAAUGAAACAGAAAAUAUCUCCAUGGGAUUUACUGGAAGGCAACAAGAAUCCAGCUCCAUUGUCUUGGGCUUGGUUUGGAACUGUUCGCAUUGAUAGGAAAGUGAUAAAAUACGAGGAGCAGCAGCAACUUCUGCUUUACCACACCCACCCUAAACCUAAGCCACGAAGUUACUACCUCGAACCUUUACCUCUUCCUCCUGAGGAGGAGGAGGAGGAGGAAGAAGAAGAGCCUACUACUCCUGCAUCUCAGGAACCAGAAAGAAAGUCAGCAGAGCUUUCAGAUCAGGGAAAACCUUCAGCAGAUGAAGAAAGAAAGGGGAAAGGCAGAAAAAGGAAGACAAAAUCAGCUUCUAAAACUGAUAACAAUGGAUGUAGAAUGGCUCCUAAUUUUUCAGCACUUUAUCCUCAAAUGUUGCAUCAUCCUCAGUCUGCUUUGUGGGGCUACAAUGUUAUAGGACAGCCCCAACAGUCAGGUUACUUUGUCCAGAACCAGCCUCUUCCACCAGGUGGUUCCAGAUUGGAUCCCACAGGGUCCUUUGUGCCAAGCAACACAAAACAAGUGCUCUCUAACAUGCUGCAUAGACGUUCCAGCAAUAUGAUGCAUCCCCCAGCAAUUCACACUAUUACUUCUCAUCAGCAGCAGCAACAAUUGCUUCAACAACAGCGGAUUCUAAGGCACCAGAGCCAGGCAAGGCCUUUCAAACUGUGUUGUUUUAUAUUUAGAAGUGGGAUGGAUGGGCCAUUAUUUAUUUCAGCUUUUCUUCAUUCUCAACAAGUCCGCCCCUCUUCUUCUCAGCUAACACAAUAUCCAGGGAUACAGCAAUCACAGACAAUUCCCCAUGGCUAUACAAUGUAUAGUACUCAGAUGUCAUUGCCACCUCAACAGACCGGGGGUUUAGUUCUUUCACCUACCUACAAUCCUAGAUCAUUUCCAGCAGCUCAUUCCAGUCCAGUUUUAAUGGAAAGGUUAAGGCAGAUGCAACAGCAGCCAAGCGGGUACAUUCACCAACAAGCAGCAGCCUACCUUCAGCCUUUAGCAGGCAAUCAGCGUUCCGUUCACCAGUCUUUGCAGCAGAAUCAUUUGGUUGGAGGGCCUCUGGAUGCAGUACCAGCCACACCUUCCCAGGCAAAUCUUUAUUCUGUCCAGGAACAGAUGAGGCAGAGGCAACAGCAGAUUCGGCAACAAAGAUUCCUUCAGCUUCAGCAGCAACAGAAUCAGCAACAAAUCAUUAGCCUUCAAGCAAUGCAGCCUCAACAACAAUCUUUUUUCCCAAGGCAAGGUUUGCAGCAGACACAGCAGCAACAACAGACAGCUGCUCUUGUCAGACAACUCCAAAAACAGCUGUCAAGUAACCAGCCCCAGCAAGGUGUGAAUCCAUACAGUCAUCUUCCACACUUCUAA